UAAGCGCUAGCCACUCUUGUAUAGCCCGACAGCAAAUUGCUUAAAAUGUUGUCGAACGUGCUGUUCUUAUCUAUCGGAAUUACUCUAGCGUUUGGUGGUGGAGUCAAUCCCCGAACAGGAAUGAAAACAUCAUUUCAAGAAAACCAUAUACCGUUUAUGGAUUUCGAAGACGACAGUUCCAUUCUGCCGUUGGUUGAUCCCUAUGAUGGUAUCAGCUAUCGACUUCCAAAUACCACACUGCCGAUGUCAUAUGACAUCUGGAUCUCUACUGAUAUACACAGAGGAGAUUUUGAAUUCAACGGUCAGGUGACCGUAAGAUUUCGGUGUAUAGAACCGACGUCUGAAUUGACACUGCAGUACCGUGAUUUGACCAUUGAGACAGUCAAUUUAUUUGACUCCAACAAUAAUUUGAUUGAAGAUGAUGUUGCGUGGCACCUAAACGAAACUUUGGAAUUUUUGAUCAUAGAACCAAAUCAACAAUUGGAACAGGGGCAGGAAUACUCAGUAAGUGUCACGUACAAUGGAACUAUGACCGAUGAUGGUUUGGGCAUUUAUCGUGCUUGGUAUGUUGACCCAGCAGGCAAUACACGAUGGCUUGCAUCAACUCAAUUUCAAGCUACCGAAGCCCGUCGCGCAUUUCCUUGUUAUGACGAACCUUUGCACCGAACACGUUUCAACGUAUCCAUUAGACAUCACACAAGCUACACGGCACUCGGCAAUAUGAAUGUGGCCGAAAUCGUUCCAGAACCAGGAACUGAUUACGUUGUAACGAGAUUCGCCGAAACGUUAAGAAUGCAAAGCUACCUGGUGGCAUUCACCGUUUCCGACUUUAUUUUUACCGAGGAUUUGGCUGUUACACCACCGCAACGCAUUUUCGGAAAGAGUGCUUCGAUUCUGAAUGGAGAAGGUGAAAUGGCGCUGGAAACGUCUAUACGGCAAAUGAGGAUGAUGGAGGAGUACACCGGAAUCAAUUACACAUUUCCGAAAAUGGAUCAAUUUGCGUGUCCCAACUUUGCAUUCGGGGCAAUGGAAAAUUCGGGCCUUGUUUUGUACAGAGAACCGUUUUUGCUCUGGGAUCCGAGUUUGGAUAGAACGCGAGAUCAGGACAAUGUUAUCACAAUCGUCGCCCACGAGUUCAUCCAUCAAUGGUUCGGAAAUCUCGUAAAUCCUGCAUGGUGGACGUACUUGUGGAUCAAUGAAGGUUUCGCUGCUCUCUAUGAAUUUUUUAUUCCGCACGUGACGUAUCCGGACGCCAGAUACAUGGACUCUUUCUUAGUCGAAUACAUGCACGUUGCGCUAGAGAAUGAUGCCAAUCCGAAUGUUCGAGCGAUGACACAUUAUGUCGAACAUCCUGACCGUAUCGAAGAUUUGUUCGACAUUGUAUCCUACCAUAAAGCUGGCAGUGUGUUGCACAUGAUACAAAAUGCACUCGGUCAUGACACAUGGAGACGAGGCUUACACUUUUUCUUACAAGACCGCCAAGAUAACUACACAAAUUCUGCCCUUCUGUACGCUGGAGUCCAACAAGGAGUAAACGAAGCCAUUCCAGACAACACUCCCGAUGUUCAUGCUAUUUUAAGUACAUGGGAACUUCUAGCAGGUGUUCCAAUCAUCACAGUGACUCGGUCGGGAAAUGUACUGAACUUACAGCAGUCAAGAUUCUUUUACACCAAUCAAUCGUCGGAUAAUGUUUGGCAUGUACCGAUCACUUAUGUGGUCGCAUCGAAUCCCAAUUUCAAUACGACAACAGCUGAUAUGUGGUUAACGGCAAGGGAAUCGGAGAUACGGAAUGAUUCAACACCGAAACCGUGGAUGCCAGAUGAUUGGAUUGUGCUCAACAUUCAACAGAGUGGAUACUAUCGGGUCAACUACGACAAUCAAUUGUGGAAUUUAAUUAUUGAACAGCUGAAUGGUCCACAGUAUGAUCGAAUUCAUCUGUUAAACCGCAAUCAACUUAUUGACGAUUCGUUCCAUGUCGCCCGAUCUGGACGCAUCACUUUCGACAUACCCUUGGAUAUCAUGAACUAUUUGGAAAGAGAAACGGAUUUUAUCCCAUGGGACAGUGCUGACCGAGCUCUAUUCCUGUACAACCGUUGGUUACUUGGCUCGUCAGUGUAUGAUGACUUUCAAGAGUAUGUUUUGAAGAAUGUCGUUGCUAUGUACAACAAAUUAGGUGUGAAUGUAAUAGAAAACGAGCCACGACUCGAUCGAUAUGCCAGACAAGUUGCGAUAAAUUUGGCUUGCUUCCACGGACUGCCACAAUGUCUAUCUGAUACAGCUCAGCAAUUAGAAAAUGUGUUUGAGUCGCAACAGACAGUUCAUCCUGACGUAGUUGCUCAAAUCUAUUGCAAUGGAAUACGACAAAGUGACGCAGACAGCGUAGAGGCAUUGCAAAAUCUGUUAUCGUCUGCUACGCGUCAGAUUGAACGAAACAGGAUAAUCGCAGGACUUGGCUGCAUUGAAAAUGAAGAAAUUCUGUACGAACACUUACUAACAGCAAUUCGUCCGGGAACAGUGUCGAAUGCAGAAAGGUCUAAUAUUUUGUCGUCUCCUUUGAACAACGGCAUUGGCUCUCUGUUGGUGUUGAUAGAUUUUGUUCGACUGAAUUAUGGCGGUAUCAAUUCGAUCGCGCCGAAUCUUGUGUCGACACUAUGUUCGAACAUAGCUAUUCGUAUACCAACAGAAGAAUUAUUCGAUGUAUUUGCUGACCUUUUGACGCAUCUUCAGCUCAAUGGAGCAAUAACUUCGAAUACCGGAAAUAAUUUGAGAGUUUCUGCCCGAGGCAUUCUUAACUGGCAAGAGCAAAAUUUACAGGACAUUGUUCGGUUCUUUGAGCGGCAGAGACAUUAAAGGUUUUUGUU